GGCCCAGCAGCGAGGGCACAGAGGCGGCAGCAGAGGCGGCUGGCGAGCUGCAGAGUGCCUCUCCUGCUCCGGCGGGGCUCACAGAUGCUGAGCCAGCAGGUUCUGCUCUGGACGCUGCUCCUGAGGAAGAGGGGCACCACGCACUCCUUGCUCCCGCAGUGCAGGACGAAGCGAAGAAGUCACCAGCUUCUCCUGUCUUUGGCGAGCAGGACACAGCCGCAGAGGCAGAGAGCCAGGCACCUGCCCCGCACAGCUCCAUGGCCUUCACCGCGGAUCUGCAGGACAUUGCCGACCGCAUUGUGAGGGAGGUCCUGAUGAAGUCUCUGGCUGCACUGAAGAUACCCAGCCAGCAGCCGGCAGAACAGCGGGACCGGGCACACAGCAUGGAUGUGGUGAUGGCACCGAGAACACCCGCAGGACCUCAGGACUUCGAGUCGCCCUUGGCUCGAGAGCCUCGGGCAGAGGCCAUCACAGCCCCACUUGUGCCAGCAGCGUGCGCGGAUGGAGAAGACACGGCUUCUCCCAUGUCUGGAGAGCAGCAAGAAGAGGCCAGCAGCACUGUUGUCUCCCAGGCAGCGCAGCAGGACGAAGUGGCUUCUUCAUCGCCGCCAAACCCUCUGGCAGAUGCUGGCGCGCCCCACCUUGCCCCAGCAGUGGAUGAGGAAGGAGAGGCAGCGGCUUCUUCUCCCUUGGCGCGGGACCCUCAGCACCAGGCGGCCUCCGAGCACAGAGGCGACACGCAGCAAUCCUCCGGCCGUAGCGACGUGCCCGAGGACGACUCAGGUACAUUCCCGAGUCGAGUGCCGCCCCGGCGAGGGCGGGCCUGGCCCGGCCGUCUUG